CGCUUGUGAUGCUAUGUGAUGAUAGGUGUAUAAAUCAGUGAUUGAGCAAGUUCCUGUCUGCAGUUUCCUCCUGUCAGGCACACAAACUGCUGUUUGACUUUAAAAAAAUAAACCCUAAAGGAGUGAUAAAACAUUAGCCAGCUCAAAGACUCAGGCGUGCAAGCCUUUCUUUCUACCAUGGUUGACAACCUCAUCACAAAGCCACUUGGAUUGGUGUUGCUCGCCACCGCACACAUGGUUUGCAAUGGCCCUGGUCAAGCAGAGGUCACCGGGACCCUCGGCAGCAACGUCACCCUUCAAUUCACAUUCAAUGACACCGUCGUUAGUAAUCACAGUUAUUUUGCUAUUUAUAUAACCGGCCUUAAAAAGAUUGCUGAGUAUAACAGCAAAGGUGGCAUCGGAGGAGGUGUUUUUGAUAUUUACCAAAACACAUCCAUACGAUACCACAUCACAAGACUCAAACAAAAUCAAAGUGGGAUUUACUGGGCCAGCUUGUUCUUAGGCUCUGGUCUUCCAAAAGAAAGCAACAAAGUGCACCUUAUCGUCCAGUCGGAGAACAGAAACAACACAGAUUCUCCACUGCCAAACAACACCAGAAAGAUCGAAGAGCGUGGAAGUCCCGGUGUAUUUUCCUUUCACAUCGUCACUGUCCUCGUGGUUUUGUCUGUUGUGCUGUUAGCUGCAGUGCUUCCCUUGUUCACCUGGUGUCUCAUGAGAGCCAAAGACACACAACAGCAACAACAACCACAACAAAACUCUAAUAUCACUGUACAGCAGGAAACAGUUGAAGAGGCCACCAGUGUAUCUCCACCCUCUCUGGUCUACAGCGUCCUGGACUUCCCCAGAAGAUCUCCCACACCUUUGCACGUAGACCCAUACAAUACGGAGUAUGCUAAUGUUAGCUAUCUGCCGGAAAAGCGACGCAUGUGAUCGUCAACUUAAUGCAAAACUGUUUGUCGGUGGCGUCAUGAGGAAAGGUUUGACACAUGAUUUAUACACACUGUAUACCGUGUAUGUAAAAUAUACAGUCACUGUUCCGCAGGAUUGAAUGGUAGCAGUUACUAUAGUUUCAGUAAUUACCCAAAUAUUUAUUUGUCUUGGUUUUGUGUGCUCACUUCUAUCAAGUGGCCCAGUGCAGUUCAGCUUGCCACAGUGACGUUUGGAGCAAUGUAUGAUGUCACCUUAUUAAAGUAGCUGCAUCAGCUACUUUAAUAAGGUGACAUCAUACCAAACAUUGUGGUAACAUAACACAGUUAUCGCUGCACGCUGACAUUUUUAACUGAAAUUAAACACAAAUGGUCUUAGCGUAAGUCACAAACAAAGAGAACAUCCUAGUAGCUAAGGCUUAGCUCCAUUAUUGUUGUCAUUAUGGGUCAACGUUCAUAUUUCAGUAUGACAUUCAAAACAUUUUGAACUGAUGGACGUGCGGACGUAUGAAGAUAUUUGUCAAAAACACUGAUUAUUGCAGAGCUGAACUUUGACUGAAAGUAUGAACAUAGUUCUGUCAUCAUCAUAAUUAGAACUACACUAGAGACUGUGGUUGGAUGAGAGACAAUUGUUCAAGUGUUCACUCUUGAACAAUUGUAUGUAACUAGCUCACAUUCAUUUGAACGUUACAGCAGUGAAUAUAAUGUGCCUUUAACCCGUCCUUUUUCACACUGUCUUCUUAGCCAUCCUGUCGGAUUUGAUAGUAAAUACUUUUUUUUAGUUUUGGUUUAAUUCUUUCAUUUAUCAGUUUUGACUCAUCAGCUUUCCUCUGUUAAGAGCCAGAUGUGAAAUGAGCUCAUCAGCACAGUACUGUCAUACCACACACAAUUUAUAAGGCCACACCAGUUUUACACUCACGCAGUAACUACAUGAUAUUAUCUCACUACCAUUUUCCACUGCAAAGCAUCCGAUGUUCUCUUUUUGGCUUAUAGACAGCUGUUGAUUGGUGUACUGUAGUUCUCCUUGUCUCCAUGUAUUAUCAUGUUUGUUUGUUUGUUUGCAUUAUGUUGAGUUAAACAUUUCUGUCAAACACAAAAGAAGUUGUUCAACUCACACCGUGUUUCUCAAGAAGGGAAACCACCAAAACAAGUCAGUGAGUUAUGAUGGUGGUUUUUCCAACGACGGUCACAUUUUCCUGCAAAUCAAACACAGAGUGAAGAUGUCACGCGUCUUGGUGGUAAAAGUGCAUCUAAAAGCAUGUUUCUUGUCUUGCUGUGGUGUGUUGAUAUUGAACCAUAGCUCAACAGCAUGAACAUAUCCUGUUAAUAAACGUUUUUUUGUGUAAA